AUGAAUCAAAAGGUGGCGCGUUUCAAUGGGUGUUAUAAACGAGUACAACAAGCACAUCAUAGUGGUUGGUCUGAUGAGCAAAUUCUUGAGAAUGCACAUCAAUUGUACAAAUCUGAAAAUAACAACUCAAAUUUUCUGCUUGUGGACUGUUGGAGAUUGCUAAAGGAUGAGCCGAAAUGGAAUACAAUGUACCAACCAAAAGGUGGUAAGAGAACAAAGGUGUCAGAAUCAUGGGCAUUUACUUCUUCUUCCAAUGCAGACAUCAGUGAUGAUGAAGUACAUGAAGUGCGCCCUACUGGCCAAAAGGCAGCAAAGAGAAAAGGGAAGGAAAAAAAAUACACACAUGCUAGAUUUAUAGAGAUUAGUGAACGGAAAGCAUCUGCAUUGGAGAAAUUGGUGGCGAUAAAGGAGAAAGAGGCAGAAGAUAAUAGGAUGACAAAAUACAUGGAUUAUCUCAUCAUGGACACGUCGCAUAUGCCUCCUGAACAAAAGAAAGAUCAUGAAAACUUGUCGCUCAUGGAUGGGGUUAGCUCAACAAGACAAGGAAGAAAGAGAGCCCACAUUGAUAGGGGUCAUGUAGAAGGACACCAACGUUUGUUCGAUGACUACUUUUCUGAUGAACCAGUGUAUACAGAAUAUCAAUUUCGAAGAAGAUUUAUAAUGCGUAGACAUGUAUUCCUACGCAUAGUGCAAGCUCUAGAAAAUCAUUCAGAGUAUUUCCAUACGAGGUUCGAUGCAGUCGGUAGAAGGGGGCUUCUGACAUUACAGAAGUGCACCGCUGCUAUGCGAAUGUUGGCAUAUGGAGCGCCUGCUGAUUAUGUUGAUGAGUAUGUUCGAAUUGGUGAAACUACCGCUAUUGAAUGUCUAGUCAAUUUCGUUCGAGGAGUGAAUGAUAUUUUUGGGACCAAAUAUUUAAGACGGCCAAAUGCUGGGGACAUUCGUCGCUUACUUCAAAUAGGGGAGGUGCGUGGUUUUCCAGCCAUGAAAUCCAAGGAGCCUAUCACCCCUGUUGUCCCGACUGCUCUCGCUUCUGUCCAGACAGGUCUUACACAUCUUUCUGACCGGUUCACUCUAAUGGAGGAUACUCAACGCCAAAUUCUUGCUUCAUUGGCCCUUAUCAGUGAUCCACCUCUCCUGCUCCAUGAUGGUCACAGUUCCCUUUGA